AUGUCGACCAGUGCUGAUAAUACGAGCAAUAGCAAUGCUUACCGGAUCCCGCUCCUGAAGGAAGACAAUUGGCUCCCGUGGAAGCGCCGCGUCGAGGCCAUCCUUAAUGAUAAGGGUCUCCAGGAGUAUGUGACCGGAAAGACACCGAAGCCGCAGCCGAGUAAUGCCUUGGCCAAUAGGGCAGCGAGAGAGGCGGAGAUUAGCGCCUGGGGAGAGAAGGACCUCAAGGCCCAGAACGUAAUUGUGCUAUCGCUGGGAGAUUCCCAGAUGGUGCACAUCGCUGGAGCCGAGACGGCACGGGCCAUGUGGGAGCAGCUUCGCACAGUCAAGGAACAGCGUGGACAGCAUGGAAUUCUCGCGCUGUGCCGGCGUUUUUACCGGAUGCAAGCCAAGGAAGAAGAUAAUAUCUCCAGUCACAUUACACAGCUACGACAGAUCCAGGAACAACUCCACCUAAUGGGGAAGGUUGUUUCUGACGAGGAUUUCCGGCUCAUUCUGGCUACCUCAUUACCGGAGAGCUGGGACUCUUUCCUCAGCUCUUACUUUGGCGCCGUGGGCGGCAAUGUUGGCGCCGAAGGUGCUGACAACGUGCGCCCUCAGCUUACAUCACAAGAAUUGAUUGCCAUCAUUCUUGAUGAAAAUAGGUGA